CGCAGUCUGCUGGAGGAACUAGCAUUUAUACUUAUGUAGUAUUGUUCAUAGAUGUUAAUGGUAAUAUUUUGAAUUCAACAAUAAUGACUGAUGUUCAAACCGCACCUCGUGCUAAAUAUGGAGGAGGACCGCUUAAUUUAGGUGCAUAUCGAUGCAUUUAAUACAAACAUGUUUUUCAGGAGAUCCUGAUGAUAAACAUUUAAGAAAGGUAGAAAAAGACGUUCUUAUACCACAAAGAAUGCGAGAUAAAGCAAAAACCGAAAAAUGUGUUGCGGAAGUUGAACGGUUUUCAGAAUGCUGUAAAAAUGCUAGUGUUCUUAUGACUUUCCAAUGUCAAAAGGAAAAUGCUGCAUUAAAAGACUGUUUAUCACAAUGGUAUAAUGAUCCAGAUUUUAAAGCAGAAUGUACACAAGAAUAUUUAGAUGAAAGAAGUGAAUACCGGAGAACUGGUAUUGCUAAAAGAUUAAAAAGCAGCAGAUACCAAUCAUCAACAUAAGUUAAACAUAAUAUAAUAUGAGUUCCAAGCAAUGUACAUAUAUAUAUAUAUAUAUAUAUAUAGUAGCAUUAUUAUCUUUAUUUGACCAAAAUAUGAAUUGUUUUGCUUAAAAAGAAUAUAGAAAAUAUAUAGAAAAACAAUGGUUCUAGAUUUAUAUAUGUAUACAUUUACAACAAUAAUAAACAUGUUAAAUAUCAAAUCAA